GAGGGAACUAGAACCUCCUGUACCUACUUCCUCCAGCUUCUUUGCAACACCCAGCUUCAAAGUUGCAUAGUCUAGAGCAUCUUAGUCACAGAUAUGGAAGUGUGAACUAGAAGCACGCAAGAAAAAGCUUAGAAGAGUAAUUCAGCUGAAUUUUAGCUUUUGUGUAUCCUGCUUGAACAAAAUACACUUAUUGGACAACUAUAGGAAGAAAACUGCAGAACAGAACAGUUACAAAUGGAAAAUGCAAACACUGAAAAAAAAGAGAAAUUACAUUUAUAUCAACAUGCUGAAAAGUGGACAAAAGAAGAAGUCAAACAAUUCUUAACUGAAAUUCUCAAGAUUGAUCAGAAAUACGCAGAAGUCUUGUAUGAGCAAGAUGUAACUGGUUCUACUUUGAAACUGUUGACUAAAGCAGAUCUGGUGGAUAUGAGCAUACCUCAUGGGCCUGCUAUUCAAAUCAUUCAUUUGCUGAAAAAGCAUGGCAUUCUAACUGAAAGUUCAAACCAGGCUGAGGGACAAGAAGGCAGUAAACAGAGUCUUGAUGGAGAAGAUGAUGAAGAAAUUGUAAAGAACGAGUGGAAGAAGAAAUACAGGUCAUUUAAUUCCAGUAUACUGCAGGAUUCUGAACUGGAGCCUGUAGAAGAUAAAACAGCAAUAAAGUCAGCUGACAAGGAGAAUGUAUCAGAGAAUUCACUGUCAAGCAGCCAGCACCCAACGAGAAACAUGUGUAUGCCACAUCCUUUUGAUAAUUUCAGUGAUGGUACUCGAUAUAUACAACAUCAUAUUCUUAAUGUCCCUGAAACAGGGCCACUCAACCUCAUUGAUCCAGCACAUGAAUUCAAAUUACUUUCCAACACAGAGAAUGCACUAGAAGAAGACAUUAAAAUGAAAUUUAGCAAUGAAGUCUUUAGGUUUGCUGCAGCCUGCAUGAACUCUCGCACAAAUGGCACUAUUCAUUUUGGAAUACGUGACAAUCCACAUGGGGAAAUCGAAGGAAUAAAAGUUACCAAGAAAGAAGCCUACAUCGACCAUUUUAAUAGAUACAUUGAAAAGUACUUCGAUGAGCAAUACAUUGGAGCUGCAAAAGCUUGCAUUAGAGAACCUAGAUUUGUGGAAGUGUUGUUACCAAAUGGAACUCCAUCAGAUACGUUUGUCAUUGAAACAGAUGUGGUUCCCAGACACUCCAUCUGUAAUACAAAAUAUUUCUGUACCAACACAUACGACUUUAAGAGCAAGUGUUUCAGAAAAGCUGUCUUCAUCCGCGAUGGAGCUAGUUCUAAAAAUAUUAAAAAUACAAAUGAAUUUGAAAAGUUUAAAUGUAACUUGACAUUGAUAGCAGAUUCUCGUAAAAGAGCAGAGGAAGAAUAUAACUUAAAGAAAAAGAUGACAACGAAUGAAGGACUAAAGCUAGUUAGUCUGCUCACUGGCAACAGAGACAUUCUAGAUGACUCUUAUUAUGACUACUACAUUUUGGUAACAAACAAAUGCCAUCCAAGUCAAACUUUACACUUAGACUUUUUACAGGAAAUUAAAUGGUUUGCUGUGCUUGAUUUUGACUCUGAAUCAGAAACAAAUGGUGUAUUUAAGACUUACCAAAAAACUCGAAAUGCCAAACUUCACUUCCCAUAUCAUUAUGAAAACAAGGUGGGUUCAGUUUCAGAACAAGCUGAGAAGUUGAAUUUGCAUCAGGAGACAAACUGGAUUUUCUGCAAUGGUGGAUCAGACUUCAAAGGCAAUAAACAACUACCAUUAGAUCCCGCUUCGUGGCAACGAGAUAGGGCUGCUGAAGUCAGAAAGAUGGUUUCAUUUCUUUCACACAAAGACGUAAAGCAGAGUGGGAAGUUUUUAAUAGUGUUUCUUUUGCUUUCCCGAGUGGAAAAUCCAUCGGAUCCCCUUGCUGAGACAUUUGUUACAUUUUACCAAGAAUUAAAGGGACUAGAAGACAUGGCCUGCAUUUGUAUUGGUGCAGGUACAGACCAGCGAUGGAAAGAUCUUCUUCAUGCUAGAGGCAUAAGAGAAGAAGCACUUUCAAAUAAAUGUGUUUCUAAUUUAACCCUGGAAAUGGUAAAUGGUACCAUCAUAAAAGCGAAAUCAGUGACACAGUCAUCUAAAAGACUUCUGCCCUCCAUUGGUGGUUCUACCAUUCUUCUAAAGAAAAAUGAAGAUUUCAUAGCAGCAUUGGAAAUCUUAUGUGAAAAUGAAUGCAAGGACACAGAGAUAGAGAAGGAUAAAGAACAAUUUAAAAAAUUCAUGAAAGAGCGGGAAAAAGAUUUUUAUCGAGGUGGUAGAGUGACAUGGUGGAAUUUUUAUUUUUCUUCUGAAAAUUACACAUCGGUUUUUGUCAAAAGGGAUCGUUAUGAAAACCUUGAACAACUAAUUGUGUCUUCAGCUAACAGUGCUAAUCAGUCGCCUGUAAAAAUUAUCAACCUUUACCACCAUCCUGGCUGUGGUGGGACAACAUUAGCUAUGCAUAUCCUCUGGAAUCUCCGGAAGCAAUUCAGAUGUGCUGUUCUCAAAAACAAAACGAGUGAUUUUGGAACACAAGUGGCAACUUUAAUCACCUAUGGAGCAAGCAAGGACAGUGGCUAUUUACCAGUGUUACUUCUUGUGGAUGACUUUGAAGAUCAAGAAAAUGUCUAUCUUCUGCAAAAAGAAAUUCAGGCAGCUAUAACAGAAAAAUGUAUUCAGUAUGUAAAUCCUUUAGUGAUCAUUUUAAAUUGUAUGAGAUCUCAGAAUCCUGAUGAAAAUUCAACAAUCAAUUCCUUGAACAGUAUUUCUUUAAAACAGAUUCUUUCUGAGAAAGAGCAAAGGGCAUUUGAACAGAAACUAAAAGAUAUUGAAAAGAUGCAUCCAAAUCCCAAUAAUUUCUAUUCUUUUAUGAUUAUGAAGGAAAACUUUGAUCCAAAGUACAUAGAAAAAGUGGUUAAAAAUACCUUGCGUAACUUGAAUAUAAACUCUAAAUCAGCACAACUUGUUUACUAUCUCACGCUCUUAAAUGCUUAUGUAAGAACAUCUACACUUUCAAUAUCACUAUGUGAAGAUUUCUUGGGAAUUAAUUCUCGAGAGACAGGCAACAAAGUUAAACUGAUAGAAAAAAUGGGAAUUUGUUCCAAUAUUUUAAUGUAUGUUCAAGUACAAGAAUACACGACAUACCAAGGUCUACGCAUCAUUCACCCAUUAAUAGCACAGUGGUGCCUAACAGAAUUUAAACUAACCUAUAACUUGUCUAAAAGUGAAAUUACAUUGCGAUUAUUGAAGGAGGAUUUGCUUUAUGAGAAUUCAUUAAAACAAGACAAACUUAUUCGUGAUAUAUUAACCCUACUGAUUACUAGACAGCGCAAAGAACAUGGCUAUGAGUCAGACACAUGGUUCUCCCCAUUAAUUGAAGCCAUUCAUAAGGAAGAAAAGUCUGUUAAUGUGGAAUGUGUGUUAAAACAAGCAUCCACUAGAUUUAAGAAAAACGGUCACAUUUGCCAAGCCUUGGCAAGAUACUUCUACAUUAAAGAAAAUAAAUUUGACUUAGCAUUAUUCUGGGCCAAAGAAGCCAAAGACCGAGCACCACACAGUUCAUACAUAUCAGAUACACUAGGUCAAGUCUUUAAACGCCAGCUAAGAUACUGGGUAGAGCACAGAGGAAAGAGUGCAGCCCUAACAGCUGAGGAACUGAAGUAUUUGCUAGAUCUUGCUCAAAAUGCUUCAUGGGCUUUCAGAAUAUCUCAGCAGCAAGCUAAGAAUGCAGACAUUGAACAGCAUUUGCAGCAUCAAAAACUUAAAAGAAAGUUUCAAAAUUACAAUACUUUGGGUUAUCAGGGAGAGAUAGAAACUGGUCUUUAUGUUAUUGAUGUCCUGCAGCACAUUCCCUUUUUCAGCAAAGAAGACUCACAGUGUAGGAAAAGAAUGAUAAAGUAUCUAUCAGGAAAUAGUGAUUUGAAUUUAGAUAGCCCUAGCAUAGAGAGUGAGGCUCUUAAACAUUAUUCCAGCUUUUUAAAUAAUUUGCGAUCACAAUUAAAAAGGGCAUUUGACUUCCUUGAAGACUACUUUGUGUUUUUCAAAACACAGACAAAUGAAAGAGAAAUUGUAGAGGCGAAAAUGUCUGAGACAGUUCGAGAAUGUUUUACAAAAUACACAAAAAUAUUUUGUGAUUCCAGUGUUGAGCAACUGAGAAGUCAACAGGUCUUAGGGCGGCCCUUGUCUCAGAAAAUAGAAGCAUACAGAAAGACUGUGGAGGCUUCCAAAGCAGACUCAUUUUCUGGAAUUUUGGCAUACCUUUACAAAAGCCAUAGAAAUGCUGACAGAGAAAUAGAAGACAUAGUAAAUGCAUAUGCAUUUCUAUGUGAGGAGAAUUCACAAGCAACUCUGAAGGAAAAACAGAAUUUUAUUUUGGCAAAUGUUGUUCUGAACUGCAUUAAACCUGAAUCCACCAAGUUACGUCAUUUUGAGGAGCUGAGAAGUCAACUUGUAAGUAUUCUAGAGAAAGUGGAACCAAAUUCAUACUGUGUAGAGCCUUUCUUCCUUGCCUCUUUGUUGUUCUGGCCAGAAAAUAGAAAACAACUAAAUGAAGAUUCUAGAAAAAUGGACAACUAUGUUAGACACCUAAGUGAAUCUUUCAAAGAGCUCUAUGGAACUGUGUGUCGUUCCAAGCAACCUGUAGCUCAUUUCUAUCUUGCAAAAGGCAGGGGCCUAAACAGACUUGUUCACAAAAGAAAGAUAGAUCAGCUUUUUAGCUCACUUUCAGAACAGGAACUGAAUGUCUUCUGGCAGAAUGGAAAUAUCUGGAAGGAAAAGGCUGUUCAUGAUCUUUUGCUUCCUUUGGAUGGAAGAGCUGAGGGUACAGUUAUCUACAUAAACUAUGGCAGCAAUGAACCCUUUAGGAUACCAGUGAAGCCUGUUCCUUCAUGUCUACUGAAAAAUGGCCCAAACAUACAAAGAGUGUCUUUUUACCUUGGCUUUUCCAUCGCUGGUCUCUUGGCAUACAAUGUACGCAGUUUAUAAUUAAAACAAUAAGGAUUUCAGGUUCAGGUUUUCAGGCAAAAUCAUCCUUAGCAUUUUUUUACCAAUAACUAUAAAUGAAAAUAAAUGGCUGUCCAUCAUGCUUCCCUCCUCAGUACGCCAGUCUUCGUGCUUAGCUAAUAACCAAGCUGUACAUAUUGUGAAAGGACAGAAGCACUUUUACUCUCUCAUAGCGUUUCUAAAUGUGUGAUUGUUAAAGAUACUACUACUUUCUGCUCUUCUGUAAAAACACCCUAGUUGUCAUUGGAAGCCAAACAGAUUUUCUUCUUUUGUGGUGGGCCUACUUCCAGUGAGCUCCUUCCAGUGAUGGAUGGAUACAUUUCUUAAGUUUGAUCCUUGCAAAACCAUGCAAUUUAAAUAUUUUAAAUGGUCGCCAACUGCAUUGACUUCCUCACAUGUGUAAAACUGCCUGUAAUGUUCAGGCAUGAUGUUCCAAAAAAGUAAAAUAUACUGGUGUGACACCAGAAACAACAAGUUACUGCUCCCUAGGUGGGAGGCGGGAGUGUGCAAAGUGUUGCAUUUUACACUAUGUGUAUGUGAUUCAUGACAACUAGAGGAGUUCGAUAAAAUUAGCACCUUGAGAAAUGUCUGAAGGAUUGAUCUUUUUUCAGCCUAUGAGUCCUCUUUGCUCUCAGUGUCAGGUAGGCAAAAAUAAAUGACUUCUCAGCAGAAGAUUAAUAAAAACAAAUCAACGACAACAAGAAAAGAACAAAGCAGCAUGUCAUUCUGGUGUAGUGCAGCUCUUCUUUCAGUUGCAAAUAUGCCAAAGCAGCUUUAUUAUAUAAUCCGGACUAUAGCCAAAAUACAUUUCUGUUGGCAACUUCCUAUUGCAAUGACCAUCUCCCACUGAUUGCAUGCUUUGUUUUGCUUUGUUUUGUUUUUAAUAGUAUGGUUUUAUUUCAUGUAGGAUACUAUAGAGUCAAUUUUCAUAGUAAUUCAUUAUUUGCUCUAAUUGGUUCUUAGGAGAUCACUGUACAAUUUACCAAUGACUAUUUACCCUUCCAAAUAAAGAUUUACAGCAAAUAACUUGCAAUGUCUUCAUGGCAACUGAAGACUUCAUCUUAGUCCGUCAUGUCU